AUGGCCACCCCCUUGCCGACUGAGGAUCGCCCCAAUGAGGCUCCCACCCUGACCGCGUCAACACAAGAAUCCCAGCCGCAAAACACCGCCCCAGCCGCGUCAGCACCACCACCAGCACCAGCACCGGCACAACCCCAGAAAACAGCCGGAGAUGACGAUGAAGACUCCGAUUUUGAUGAAUUAGAUGGUAAAAAAAUACCCAACCUCUCCCCCCCCAACCUCCUUCCUUCCCCCUCACUUCGCCCCGCCACGAAUAAUACACAGAUACUCACACCUCCAGACGUCCUCGACGACUUCAACAAACCCAAACCCGCCCCCGUAAACCCACCCGCACCAUCCACCAACCCAAACCCUUCAACGGGAAUCACACCCCCAGACUUCGACGAAGAUGCCUUCCUCAAGCAACUCGAACAAGACAUGGCGAACAUGAUGGGACCCAGCGGCGCAACCAGCUCAGACCCCAACUUUCAAGCAACACUCGACCACGGCGCCGAUGUAUUCGCAAAACAGCUCGAAGAGAGCGGGAUCCCACCCGGCGAUUUCCUCAAACAGCUUCUCGCAGACGUCAUGGCCGAGGAGGGCGGCUCGGGUGGUCCUUCGGCAGACAGUCUUGCUGCAGUCGCUGCCGCGGCUGGUAUCCCUGCGCCUGACACUCAGGGAUCAUCUAGUGCGCCAGCUCCAGCCACAGGCGCGGGGCAACCUGACUCGUUUAACGACGCUAUUAAGCGCACCAUGGGUCGGAUGAAAGAAAGUGGUGAUAAAGCUACUGCCGCGGCUAGUAAUGAAGAUGAUAUCUCCGAUGAUAUGCUGGCGCAGUUGCUGAAGGCUGUUGAGGCGGGGGCAGCGGGGGCUGGUGAUGAGGGAGAUCUGUCAAAGAUGUUCAUGGGCAUGAUGGAGCAGCUUUCUAACAAGGAGAUGCUGUAUGAGCCGAUGAAGGAGUUGGAUAUCAAGUUUGGGCCGUGGCUUGAGAAGAAUAAGGGUACUGGGAAGGUUUCCGCUGAGGAUAUGGAGCGGUUUGAGACGCAGGCGCGGGUUGUGAAGCAGAUUGUGGUCAAAUUCGAGGAGAAGGGAUUCUCGGAUGAUGAUCCCAAGUGUCGGGAGUAUGUGUGGGAAAGGAUGCAGGAAAUGCAAGCCGCUGGAAGCCCGCCUGAAGAACUCGUGUCGAAUCCCCUCAUGGAGGACCUGGGAGGUGCCAUGGGUGGAGCUGGCGGAGUGCCUGAUUGCCCGCAGCAGUGA